AUGGAUGAAAACGUCUCGACCUUCUGCGGCAUCACGGGCGCCAGCGCAGAUGUGGCCCAGGGCUUCAUGUCCAUGGCGGGCGACGACGUCUCGCGCGCCAUCGAGCUCUUCUUCGAGAACCCAGAGCUGGCCUCGCAGAUUGGCGGCGCAUCACAACAGCAACAACAGCCGCAAGCCCGGCAGCCGGACCAAAAUACGAGGCCCCGCGCCGGACGUCGGGAUUCCAGCGGUGUCAUCCACAUCGACAGUGACGAUGACGAUGACGAUUUCAUGACUCAUGACGGUGACGACGACGACGGUGGCCAUGCUGCCGCGACGCUGGCGGCCAGCCUGGCACAGGAGGAGGAGGAUGCGGCCAUGGCGCAGAGGUUACAGGAGGAGCUGUACGGAUCUGGGGCCGGCGCAGGAGGUGGCCCAGGGCUCGGCCGGCUGGAUGAAGAGGGCGUGCGGGCGCCGAUUGCGAGGACGACGGAGACGCUGGUGGCGCCGGACCCGUCAUGGGGAGGAGCCGAUGAUGAUGUGAACAUGGACUUCCUGAACCAGAUGCGGAGGAGGAGGAUGCCGCAAGGUAAGAAUGCCGAUCGGAAGAGGGAGGACGAAGUGGAAGCUGAUGUGAUCCGUGGCAAACCAGGACGAGGCGGCGGCCCGUUCUCCCAGCGGAUAUGGGGAGACGGAGAGAACCAGCCAUCCGACUUGCCGUCGGAGCAUGGCGGCAGCAGCCACGCACGACGGCUCGCGGACCUGUUCCGGCCACCUUACGAUAUCAUGGAGAGGGGCCUCGGGUGGGACGACGUGCGGUCGCUGGGCAAGCAGGACAAGAAGUGGAUCAUGGUGAACCUGCAGGACAUGAACGACUUCAACUGCCAGGCACUCAACCGCGAUAUCUGGAAGGACGAAGGCGUGCGGUCGCUGGUCCGAGACCACUUCAUCUUUCUGCAGUACGACAAGGACUACCCGGACGCCGAGGAGUACACGACCUUUUACUUCCCCAGCCAGAGCCACGAGAACCCAGACAAUUACCCGCACGUGUCCAUCGUCGACCCGCGGACGGGCGAGCAGGUCAAGGUGUGGAGCGGGCGUCCCUUCCCGUCGGCCUCGGACUUCCGCGCCGAGCUGGCCGAGUUCCUGGACCGGUACAGCCUCGAGGCCAACAGCAAGAAUCCCGUUGCGGCGGUCGGGGUCAGGGGGCCGCGCACGGUGGACGUGGACCGCAUGACGGAGGAGGAGAUGCUGGAGAUGGCACUCAAGAACAGCAUGGCCGGGGCCGGGGCCGGGGCCGGGGCAUCGGGGGCGGCCGGGGUCGGCGGCGGCGUCAGCGGCAGCGGCAGCGGCAGCGGAUCGACGUCUACGACCAACCUUUACGAUCCGGAUGCGCUCACGAAGGCUUCCCGACCCCAAGAUGACAAGGACAAGGGCAAGGGCAGAGAGACGGAGGCCGAGGAUGCAGAGGACGUGGAGGCAGGAGCCACAAGCAGGGCGUUUGCCCAAAUCUCCAGCACCAACCCCCACACCGAACCCGACAACGACCCGUCCACGACGACCAGGAUCCAGUUCCGACACCCCACGGGCCGCGUGAUUCGGCGGUUCAACCUGUCUGACCCGGUAAGGCGGGCGUACGAGUGGCUCAAGGCGUCGCCGCUGGAGGGCAAGGAUGGGGUGGAGUUUGAGCUCAAGAAGAUGCCGCAGGGGCAGGAUCUGAUCGACGGACUGGACGCGACGAUCGAGGAGAGCGGGCUGAAGCAGGGUACCGUCAUGAUUGAGUUCCUGGAGUGA